AUGGGGGACCCCUUGGGAGCAGUAGGCUCCAUCGUGGGCAUUGCCGCAUUCGGCCUCAAGUUUGCGACAACGCUACAGACAUACAUCGAGGCUGUAUCCGAGGCUCGAGAAAGUUUGCGGGAUAUUGCUUCUGACGUCAGUGCAACAGCAUCUGCUCUAGAGCAGCUCCAUGAAUUCAUCAGGCCCGAUCAGGGUGCUAUCAUCCAUCUUAUCGCCAAGGUCGUUGGCGUCGAAAAGGGUGAGAAUGGCAAAGUUACUCUUGACGCAUUGGACUUACACAGUUUCAACAUCGCAAGUCGGAUUCGAACGUUCAUAUGGCCCUUCCAACAACCUCGUAUCAGAAGACAUCAAGAAGAUCUGAGAUGGUUAAAACUCAGCUUACUUUUCCACCUACGACUCAUGGAGCUUGCAAGAACUAAAAUGAUGUUCGAUUCCGGCCAAAUCACCCAGCGCCAUAUGCUGAAACGAUGGCAUCACGAAGGAAGCGAAGGGGGAAGAGAAAAGUCAGAAGGAGAUCCCUGGCUGGGCCUUCUUCCUCAAGUAUUGCAGAUGAAGCAUGGUCCCGAAGGUCAAGCCUCGAGCAAAAACAACGUGUUCGCGAAGCUCCCAAUUCCCAUCAAAUACGCUCACCAUCCCGUGUGGAGAAGGAUAGUGGAAUGGACAUUGGCGGUCAACCCAAAAUCUUCUGAAAGUCUCCACACAACCCAGGAUACUCGAGCAGCCCCGGUCGAGUCACCCGGUAGUUCGGUAAACAAAGACAAGAAGCUCAGUGACAAUACUGAGCAUCCAGGGCCAAAAGAGCGUCACAAACAAGACACAGACCAUAAUGCGCUUAAUGCAGCCUCUACUGCUUCUCCAGCACAAAUAAAUGUGCAAAGUUCACCAGAAAACGCGGGUUCUAGCCAGAGGCGAAAGAAGCCCAUCCACGGCUGGAAGAGCCAAGAGCUUGAGGCGUACUUAUUCGAAAGCGAUUCUAAUAUCAUCCGCAAGCUUCAUUUUAGCCACGAGGCUCUAACUGAUGAGCUAAGGCGAGUCACCAAGUCGAGAGGAUACGACGUUUGGAGUCAGUAUGCGUCACUUAGUUCCGCUCAGUGGGAGGCCGUAGGCAGAGUGACGGCGGAAGCAAACCAUUCGAGCCACCACUCAAGAACUUGCGUGGCAAUAAACCAACAGUUCUGGAGCGGACAAUCUUGCAUCCUCGUCAUUUUCUUGCUGGGGCCUCUAGUCGAUCCUGUAUAUGUUAAGUCUGGUCCCCAUCAUUUGAAGUUUGGAUUUGAACUAUGUCGGACGUGGGAGGGUAUAUAUGGGCUCAUCCGGCAGACCUUACAAGAGAUGGGGGUUUCUGUUCCUGUUUCGUACAAUCUUCAUGACCUCGAUGACCAAAUUAUCCUCUGCACGAUGUGGAGAAAUACUGUCCGUCCUGGCCUCGUCGUGUUUGUCCAGAUCCCAGGUCCUCCGUCUAUGCCCCCGGUACCAAACACGGGUCGUCUACCUCUGGGCACAUUAAGGCACUGGCCUGCUUGAAUCGAGGACGGCAGACUCUGAGCAUAAAAGCAAGUCCCAGCCAGAUAGCAAAGAGUAUGAAGAGGAAGAGGAAAUGAAUGCAGGGCUCGGACUAGACGUCCAACUCGACAUGUUGACGAACACGUUCUCACUGCCGGCGGAGAACAAUAUAAAUGACUGACAGGGUUGGUUCUUAACUCAGACAAUUUAUUUAUCGAGUACCUUUCAGGGGCAGUGCUUCGAACAUCUGUCAUUUCAUAUAAUUUCACCAAUAUUUUUAAUAUGAAGACUAUAUCUGGAACGAUGCAGAUGUAUUCAAAUAUAUAUACUCACAUGCCUAACGCAAAAACGCAUGUACACAAAAAAAAAAAAGGUAUCUACAGAUCUUUCGAAGCGAAGUAAUCUUCCAUCCCUCAAACUAGGAGGCCGAUGGUCGAUUGUGAUG